AUGAUAACUUUUUCUCAAAUUAAUCGAAAUUUAAGAUGAUUAUAUUUUUCCAAGGAUAUAUGUAAAUAAUAUAAAUAUGAAAAAUAAGUUAGUAAAGUGAUUAUUUGAGUCAGUAUUUUUAUCUUAAUGGAAACAAUAUGAAUCAAACGGAUAAGACAUUAGCAGAAGUAAAGUUUUCAGUACCAUGGGGUCAUAUUGCAGCAAAAAUAUAUGGAUCUCCAAAAGAAAAGAAAGUUUUAAUGGUACAUGGCAUUUUAGAUAAUGCUGGAUCAUUUGACAGGUUAAUCAAAUUUCUUCCACAAAGCUAUCAAUAUGUGAACAUAGAUUUACCAGGACAUGGAUUAUCAUCUCCAUUUCCACGUGGAAUACCCUUACAUUUUUUUGACUAUGUAUAUUCAAUAUUGCUUGUUUUAAAUGCAUUAGAAUGGAAAACCUGCAUAUAUAUAGGACACAGUUUUGGAGCUCAAAUAGGAACAUAUUUUAGUAUGAUAUAUCCUGGAAGAUGUGAAAAACUAAUAGCACUUGAUGGAUUUCUACCUUUUCUCGUUGAGGAUAUUAUUCCUUUUAUUAAAAAUCUAUAUAACUUAGACAAUUAUGCAAAAGAUUCUGGUACCCUUUAUACUAAAGAUGAAGUAAUACAUGCUUUAAAAUUUAAAAGGCGAGAAACAUUAACUGAAGAUGCUGCAGAAGCUUUAUUUAUACGUGCAGUCACUAAGGUUAAUAAUUUGUAUAAAUAUAAUCGUGAUGCGAGAUUAAGAUAUGUUGUAAGACCAAUUUUUACACUGGAGCAGCACAAGGAAAUUUUUAGCAAAUACUUAACUGAAACAUUAAUAAUUAUGGCAGAUAGUUCAUUUCAAGCGAAUUUUUUAUCAGAGAAACUAAAAACAUUAUUAAACAGACAUGAUGAAAGUAAAUUUUCUGUUGUUAUUGUAAGAGGAAAUCACGAUGUACAUAAUAAUUAUCCAGAAAGGGUAGCACCGUAUGUAUGUCAAUUUUUAGAUAGUUACUUACAGAGCAAAUUAUAA